AUGCAGGAGCUGUCCUUGGUGGAAGGCAACCAGCGGCGAGACUUCGCAGACAUUGUUUGGCAAAUAGCAGAACGCAGAGGUUGCAACGAGUUUGUGGUGAGGUACGACUGCGGGCACUCACUCCGAGCCGAAGUUUCAGCUCCUCAUCUUCCCAGCACCAAGGACUAUGGCACCCACGAGGCAGACCGGUCCCGGUAUGUGCAACACUGCUUGCACGUCCUGACUCGCCACCCCGCAGAACCACAGGUGCAGGUUACUGUGCCAGAAGGCCGGUGUCGGCACUGCCAGCGCGGCCAGCGACAGACUCUGGUAUGCGGACCUGUUCAUACCGAUCUCAGGGAACCAGCAGCACCCGGGCUCGUCGCCAAGACCCUGGGGCGUGGUGCGCUGGACGCCUUGACUCGCGCCAAGCGUGUGGAUCUGCCAAUGACCGCCCACUCCUUCCUGGCCACGAUCGGGCAGGUCUGCAAGAUGCCAGCGACGGCCAACCUCCAUCCUUUAAUAGGUGCUCAGGAAGCAGUGCUGGAAAUGCCUUGGUCGACAAAGCAGAUGAUGCCGAAGGAGGAGAUUCACCAAUGGACCCGGAAGGAGAUCGAGGACGAUGUGGAGUCGAUGCUUUUCAGAUACAUCUGCUGCUCCGCUAUUUUGCUCUUCGUGUUCAGCGGCGAGAGCUUCUACCAUCUGGUCAGUAACCUGAUGCCACUUCAACCGGAGACUGACAUAAACUUCAAGGAAACGGAGUAUAUAGGACUCGACCAGCUGACCCCGGAGUUAGUGGUGCUCGAGAAUCUCACCACUCUGAGCGGCCUCGAGCUCCGGGUGGCGAACUGCACCUGGAUUAUGUCAUCGCUGACAUACGCGGUGCACACGGCGCUGGGCCCGGGCGAGGCUGCUGAAAGUGAGGCGCUGCAGGGUAACGGUGGAUAUCUUUGGAGCGGAAUUGUGCAUCCUUCCUGGGUGGGGAUUCUGAUUGCGUGCACUCCGUUGUUGUGCGUCUUCGAGUUCAUGGUCACAAUGCCACGCUUCAUCAUGAUAAACGUAAUGUUUUCUGGCAUUCGCUGCCUUAUCGUGCAGCCUGGGCGCUUACUGGUCAGCCUGCUGAGCAGCAUCUUGCUUUUCCUGACACGAUCCCUUUUCUCACCCCCUGCGAUUUUGGUCACGACGGUCCCGACCGCCAACCCAAUCCUGGGGGCAGCGUUCAUUUGCAUAUCGCUGGCCGCCAUUACGUCGCCUGUCCCUUUGCUUCUGCUCGCACGCGAUCUCUGGAACACGACUUCCAAUCUCAGAGUUGUCAGGAGCUUCAGACGAGCUGUUGGACACAAGGUCUGGAGCAAAGCCUUGGAACGCCUUCCGUUUGCCUCGCGCUCGAAAGGUACCACACGAGGAUCUCGGGAUCCUAAGCAAAAGGACUACAAGGGUGCCGAACGUCCGAAUCGCGCGGAUUCUGGAAAAGGCGACAAAUUGCAGGGCAAAGAUGACAAAGGAGCUGCCAGUUCCUUUGCUCCCCCCUGCUUCGUCUGCCUGGACAAGCCCUCAAGAUACAUCUUGGAGCCAUGUGGGCAUCGGGUUGUGUGUGGAGACUGCGCAGUGCAACUUGUGGAUGCGGCUGCACGGACUCGCACUGCUACAGAGGCUGACCGUGGCGGCGAUCGAGGGGGCAACUGUCCGUCUUGCUCACUGGCCAUCAAUCGGGCGAUGCGGAUCUUUCCAUGA